GGCUUUUUGAGGCUCGUGCGACCUGUUGACCAGUUGACGUUCCCCGCAUGGGGACAACCCUAAGAGUACAUACUCCGUACAUAGUGUGAGGAUAAGCCGCAGGGCCAACAUGAAGACCCACAGAUUGCGGAGCUGAGCUCUGGGCGAGAACCUUGAAAGAGCCGAGAGGGCCUUUGGCUUCUUGUUGCUUUGCCGAUGGAAUCGAGCCAGGUGAGCUGCGGACGAUCUGGACCUGGAUUCGCACGUGUACGCAGGCCAAGCCAGGACCGGUCUAAGCGAGGUCCUGGGCGCGCAUUGGCAUGACCAGUUCUGUUGCAGCCAUUUAUACCCACCCACCAGGACACUCCACGAACACGUUUCUCCACAAGACGAGUAGAUCGCUUGGCGGUAGUCCCGCCCAAACACCUUAUAACAACCCUCACCUGCCCCCUUAUCGCGAACAUGCAAAGUGACUGAACGCAGGCGAAUACCGCGCCCCAGCUGAUUACUCAUGGCGCGCUCCCACCCGCAUAUCACAGCGCGAUCCUUCGGCUACAUCGACCCCAACUUCCCCAACCCCAACGGGCCCAACGACACCUCGAUCAUCAUCUACGGCUACACGCCCUCGCUCGCGCUCGCCGCCUUCGCGGCCACCUGGUUCUUCGUGCAUCUGGUCGCGCACACUGUGCAGACGAUCCGCCACCGCAGCUGGUGGUGGCUCCCCUUCUCGGUGGGCCUGGUCUUCGAGAUCGUCGGGUAUAUCGCGCGGGCGCUGUCCGCGCGCCAGGACCCGUACAACCUGAUCUACUUCGUGCUCAACUACUUCUUCAUCGUCACGGCGCCCGUGUUCCUGGCCGCGGGGAUCUACACCAUCCUGUCCGGGCUGAUCCGGCUCCUCGGCCGGCAGCACGCCCUCCUCCCGCCGCGGGUGAUCCUGUGGUUCUUCAUCGCCUCCGACGUCGUCUCGACCGUCGUGCAGAUCGCCGGCGCCGUGCUGGUCGGCGUACGCGAGUCGCGGCGGCAGGACCCCUCCGUCGCCAACCAUAUCCUGCUGGGCGGGCUGGCGUACCAGGUCUUCGCGAUGACGGUGUUCAUUGCCGUGGCGGCGGGGUUUCUGGUCCGCGCGAGGGGGCUGAUUUGGACGGCCGCGCGGAAGGGGGAGGGGCCGCCCCGGUAUGGCGUGUUCUGUGGGGUGUUUGGGCUGGCCACGCUGCUGGUGUAUCUGCGCACCAUCUUCCGGUUGGCGGAGACGGCGCAGGGGCUGGGCGCCACGCUGGCGACCCAUGAGGUCUACUUUGCGUGCUUGGAGUUCGCGCCUAUCGCCGCCGUGGUGUUGUUGUUUGCCGUCUGGCAUCCGGGCAGGUGUGUCGGGGCCAGGAUUGGGGGCACGGCGGGGUCGUUGAGGGUGAGGUCUUAUGGGUUUUGAUGUUUCGUGUUGGUGAAUUUGUCGGGGCAAAGGGUUGGUUGGACAUAUCACGGUUGUUUGAGUCUUCUUCAGCAAUGAGAUGAUGAAGUCUUGAGAUUCAUGCCUAUAUAAUCGUGUUCGAGGACCUGCAGGAUAGCUAGGCGGGCUGUCUGACUGGCG